UCCACUGUGCCAGAGCAUUAGAAAACGCAACCAUGUCCAGCAAACAAAUCGUUCUACUCGCUGCCUGCACCGUCCUGUUGGUGAUCGCGUCCGUUGUUUCGGCGAACCCAAGCGAUUCAGCACCCGAUAGGGAACAAGAGGUGUCAGCCAAAUCGUACUUCGGAUAUCAAACAAAGCCGAAAGACUCCUACAAGAAGCUGACGGAAGAAGUGGCCGAGUACUGUCGGCUGAUCAGUCCCGAAAUCACCGGCCUGAGAGAGAAAAUCGAAACCCUGCAAAAGAAGCUGUUCUACCGAAAGGACAAGGAGCACGGUGGCUACAACUACAACGACCUGGAACAGAUGCAGAGAAUGUUGGCCCAGCAAAAGGCGGCCCUGGAUGCGCUACGCAAUGAACGGCCUAGUGUUUAGGGAAGGGAAUCGGAAAUUUAGUACGAACGGAUAAUGGCAUGCCUACAAUUAAGAGUUUUAUGUUUAGAAGCGAACUAGACCCAAGGGAGGAAAAUUAUGCUCGAAAAUAAAAUUAUUUAA